AUGGACGGGUGCUUCGAUAUGAUGCACUACGGCCACGCCAACGCGCUGCGCCAGGCCAAGGCGCUGGGCGACGUGCUCGUGGUGGGGCUCAUACCGGACGCGGAAAUCCUGAAGGUGACACCCCGCCUGGGAGCAGCACGGCGCAGCAGGAGCUUUGUGGGGCGGGACAGUGCCUUCGACCAGGGGCGCCCCAGCCGCGCGGUGAAGGGCCCACCGGUCCAGAACGACAAGGAGCGGUACACCAUGGUGGAGGCCGUGAAAUGGGUGGACGAGAUCAUCACAGGCGUCCCGUACGACCUGAGCCCCGAGUUCAUUGAGGAGCUCUUCAAGAAGCACCGCAUAGACUACAUCAUCCAUGGGGACGACCCCUGCCUCAUGCCGGACGGCACGGACGCCUACGCGCACGCCAAGAAGCUGGGCCGCUUCAAAGUGAUCAAGCGCACCGAGGGCGUGAGCACGACGGACAUUGUGGGGCGCAUGCUGACCUGCACGCGGCCGACCAGCUUCAGGGAGCACGCGGAGAAGGGCCACCCUCUGACGCGUGUGUUCACUGAGCCACAUCGGCCGGACGACAGCAGCGACGAGGAGGAGGGCGCGGGCGGCCAGCAGCAGCCACAACAGCAGCAGCAGCAGCAACAACAGCAGCAGCAGCAGCAGCAGCAGCAGCAGUCGGAGGAGGUGCGGCAGUUGCAGCCGUCGCCUUCGACGGGGGGCCACAGGUUGCCACAGCGGUCGGCCAGCAAGAACACGCGCGUGUCGCGCUUCAUGCCCACCUCGCGGCGGUUGGUGCAGUUCAGCGAGGGCAAGAGCGCCCCCGACGGCGGCACCACCGUCUACAUCGACGGCGCCUUCGACAUGUUCCACCCGGGGCACGUGGAGAUCCUCAAGGCGGCCAAGGCGCAGGGCGACUUCCUGCUGGUGGGGCUGCACUCGGAUGAGGACGUCGCGAAACGCAGGGGGCCGCACAUGCCCAUCAUGAACGUCCACGAGCGCGCCCUGAGUGUCCUGGCCUGCCGCUACGUCGACGAGGUCGUCAUUGGGGCGCCAGAGCAGGUUGACGCCAACCUGCUGUCAACCUUCAACAUCGGGUUGGUGGUGCGGGGUAGCCGCAGCGAGACCAGCCAGCAGGGGCCCGUCGAGCCCUACAGGUACUCCCUGCCCAAGGACCGCGACAUGUUCCGGGAGCUGCCCUCCCCCUCCCAGACCACCACCCGCAACAUCAUAGAGCGCAUUGUCGCCAACCGCGCCGCCUUUGAGGCGCGCAACGCCAAGAAGGCGGUCAGCGAGGAGAAGUACUACCAGUCCAAGGACGGCAAGGCGGGCGGCGGCGCGGCGUUCGUCAAGGAGGUGUGA